AUGAAAGUAGCGGUCAUCCAGAGAGUUAAAUCUGCGUCAGUCACAGUAGACGAGAAACUCGUGUCGUCAAUCGGCCGCGGCUUGCUUGUUCUUGCUGGUGUAGGCAAGGAGGAUACCGAAAAGGACGCAGACACUCUCAUUCAGCGGGUAUUGAAGGCCAAAUUAUGGCCUGCCGAAGAAGGCGGCCAAUGGAAAAGGAACGUGCAGGACAUUGAGGGAGAGGUGCUCUGUGUAUCACAAUUUACGCUCUACGGUCAAUUGAAGAAAGGCAGCAAACCAGAUUUUCACGAUGCAGCCGAUGCGGAGACAGCACGGAAACUAUACGAAUACUUCUUCCGCCGGCUGGGCGAAGCAUACAAACCCGACCGGGUCAAGAACGGUGUCUUCCAGGCCAUGAUGGAUGUCGAACUGAAGAAUGAUGGGCCGGUGGGUGUAGAUUACCGCAGUGAGGAUGCGGCGGUCACAAUCGAGAUCAACACCAAACUGGCGAAGGAGAAGAAACCCGCGGAGGGACAGAAUAAGCCGCAGGGCGAACGGAAAGAUGGAGAGACGCAGACCAUUGAGUUUGAACUACCAGCAUCACUGCUGGAAUAA